AUGAAAGCCGCCAGGCUUCUGUUCGAAAUCAAAGACGUCCGCGACGAGCUGAACAUUCUCAGAACCAUUGUCGAAUAUCAACAGAAGGUGCAGCUAGGCUUGAAUGGUAUCGUGCCCGAGUAUCAACAAAUGAUGCAGCUAGGCUUGAAUGGUAUCGUUCCAGGUAUCGCCUUCGCUAACAGCGUCGAUUGGGAUGAGGAUGAGACAGCCAAGUACGUUGCAAACGAUAUCGAAGAGCUCGAUAGGCUUGCCAAGAAAACCGAAGAGGCUUUGAAUACAACAAUCACAAUCUACGAGAGCGAGAUUGGGAACCUGCAGGCAAAGGAGGCUGCGGAACAGGGCAAAAGAGUAAUGGUGUUUACUCUUGUAACUGUCUUCUUUUCGUUGUGCCUCUGCCAUUUCUUCAUGCCGCCAACGGGCAUGUGA